GACCAUUUUCUGUCUGUUCCAUUUCAUUUUAAACCCAAACUGGUCAUCAUCGGUGACGUCAUUAGAUGAGGCUUGAGAAAAAAAAAAAGAGUUUGAACACAGAACUGGAGCUGAAGGUGUCCUGUGUCACGGACAAACAAUUUGAAGCUCCAGGACGCAUUAUAACGUCACCGGCUGCACGCAUAGGAUCCGUCGUUUAUUGAAGCUAUUUGUCAGACUUGGUCUUCGCCCUGCCCUCAGUCAGCUACGUCACGAAGCUCUGGCGGACGUGUAGGUAUGAAAAUAGAGGAGCAGCCAGCGGCGCCAUGUGUCUCCGCACCGCGGACUCGAAGCGCCCGGAUUUCUGGCGUUAAAACGAGCAAAAAGGAUAGAAAACGGAGCUUUUUGGAUGAAAGCUUGCGGUGCGGAUGAAGCGUUAAUGCCGGGUUGAGUUUGUAACUUGGACACUGCAGAGAGAAAAGGAAACAGCGAGCGAUCCAGAAGUACGACAGCAGCUGGUGUGGAGUCAUGGAAGGACGCCCAAGAGAAGGUGCAGCAGCAGAAGCAGAAGCAGCAGCAGAAGCAGGAGCAGGAGCAGGAGCAGAUCCAGACCAGGAUCGCCAGUAUUGUGAGCUUUGUGGUAAAAUGGAGAACCUCAUGAAGUGCGCUCGGUGUCGCAGCUCUUUCUACUGCAGCAAAGAUCACCAGAAGCAAGACUGGAAGAAACAUAAGCAGGUUUGCAAACAGGCCGAGAACAUCCCCCGCCCUCCCCAGCCAGAGUCCACACAAGUCUGCAGAGAUAACAGCAAGAAGGAGCAGGAACCGCUGCAGAAACAGCAAAACAUCCCGGAAAAGUCAGCUGGGUUUUCCAAAGCACGUGUGGACCCCAGAAGUACACCACUGAUCAAACCUGUGUCUGGACCCGAGAGCGGAUGUGAUCCUCAGCAGGUUGGACAUGAUCUCUCCAAUGGCCAAGCAAUGUCUCCUCAACAGAAACUGGCCACGGAGUAUAUAGGUCCCUGUAUGAACAAGCAUGGCAUUUGUGUUGUAAACAACUUCCUGGGUGAUGAACUUGGACUUGGUGUGUUGGAAGAAGUUCGUGCUCUCUACACUUCUGGGGAGUUCACUGAUGGACAGUUAGUCAGCCAGAGAAGUGAUUCGACCAAAGACAUCCGAGGUGAUAAGAUUACUUGGAUCGAGGGAAAAGAGCCUGGGUGUGAGAAGAUCGCUGUCCUGAUGAGCCGCAUGGACGACAUUGUCCGACACUGUAAUGGAAAACUGGGCAACUACAGGAUUAAUGGAAGGACAAAAGCGAUGGUAGCUUGUUACCCCGGCCAGGGCACUGGAUACGUGCGGCAUGUGGACAAUCCUAAUGGUGAUGGGAGAUGUGUUACAUGCAUUUAUUACCUUAAUAAAGACUGGAACGCCAAGGAGCACGGUGGUAUCUUACGGAUCUUUCCAGAUGGCAAAGCCCAGUUUGCUGACAUUGAGCCCCUAUUUGACAGACUGCUGUUUUUUUGGUCAGAUAGACGAAACCCACAUGAGGUCCAGCCUUCAUACGCCACUCGGUAUGCCAUAACUGUGUGGUAUUUUGAUGCUGACGAGCGAGCUCGGGCUAAAGAGAAAUAUCUAACAGGUGCAGUAGAAAAAGGUGAGAAAGUGGAGCUGAAUCGGUCGACGGAGUCGUGCUCGUGAACAAGAUGUGAACAAACCUUCUAAACGGAUGAGGAAAAAGAGGAUAUGGAACAGGUGUUAACCUUCAGAAUGUUGCUUACACUGCUGCUUGAAGACAUGAAUACCGUGCAAAGGAAGGACAGAAAUGACUGUGAGCUUUAUUUUAUUUGUGCUAGUGCUAUGCUACAUGGGCAGGCAUGUGAAAACCCACCAGUGCAUGUGUAGGGGGAAAAAGUGCUCGAAUUAAGUGAGAGCAUUCGAACUGCAAUCACAAGCCGAGAAUUCAUGUGUAAACAAUAAUUUCUCAAGACACCCCAAAACCAACCGCGAUACAGUGUGAGUAACGUCUCAAACGUGCACCAGGAGAGGACGAUUUUGUGAUGGCUACGUAUGCAUGCUUGUCCAGUCCUGCUUCUGUGAAACGUGCGCCAUUUGUCUGGUAAAAGCACAUCUCGUAAAUGCCAAAUGAGGAACAAUAUGAAUGUCGAAAGAAUGUCUGUUAUCACAGACAUGAUGUAUUCUCUGUGUGAUCUGCUGCCUCCAUCUUAGUGAAAAACAAAACACACCUUUUAAAUAAUUGUCACGUAAAAAACAGACAAAUAAUAUAAAAAAGACUAUUAAGACCUUGGAAACAUAAUACAACAUAAUACAUUAAGCUCAAUAACUGUAUAAUGGGGGGGGGGGCUCUUGAAGCUCAGUUCAGGCUUGUCCUCGCAGUACAAGACGUCUUCACCAACUGCGUUCAGCGUAUGUAAUGCAAUACGGCAUGACUUUUAACAUUAAUAAGCAGAAAUUGCCUUUCAUUAACACUGUAUUGGUUAAACAGGGGGCGCUUUUUCUUUAUUUGAUUUUUGAGAAGAAAGCAUGGAUUAAUACAGCAGCCAGAUUUAUGAUCAUUUCCACAGUAUUUUCCUUCUACAGAGUUUUGUACCUGGAGCAGAUCGACACAGUGCACACUGGACAUUCAUAACUUAAAUGGAAGAAACUUGAUAUUACCGAUUUCGAUUUGUAGAAUUCAUUAGGAUUUUGAAAAAAAGCUAAACCAGACAUUUUUGUGUUUGUGGAUGUUCUCGUGUAAAUUGUCUCAAGAAUUUUCUAAUUAAGACAACACAUCAAACUGGAUUUACACACCAAAUUUCGACUAAACAUAUCCACAUUUUAUCCAUUAUUAUACUAAUCACCAUUUUUUUUAUUCAUUGGUGAUUUGUCCCUGUUGCCUGUCGACUGGUUGGAGACGAUGUGAAAGAAAUCGUGUUUUUAACCCGACUUUUAAUGAAUUAGAUGCACGUGUGUGUGAUGAUGAUGCUGUGAGCAGAUCCUUUCGCUGUCAUUAAGUUAUUUUUAUUGAAAUUGUAUAUUUUUAAGGCUUAUUACUCCAUUUACGCAAAACCUGAAGCGCUUUUGUAAAUUAGGAAUCAAAAUGCAGUGUAUAAACGGCCACCACUCGCUUUCAGCUUUUCUUUAUAUCAUGAAAACUAGCAGAUCCUGGGAUAAGUUCAGUUUACAGUCUUCAUUGUUUCCAUGUGAGGAGAAGGGAGCAUUUCUUCGAACAAGAAUCUUCCUUGAAUUUGUUUCCUAGCUGGAGAUCUUCAAGCUUUUCAACCGGUCCUGUGCUGCUGCAGUAGAGAAGAAGAAGAAAAAAACAGGUUACAGGGUAAAACGAGAUCACUGAGCAAAAACCUCUUCUAAAGCUUCUGUCUUUCAUUAUUUUGUGAUCGCGUCAUCAUGUGUUAGUCUGUAGCCAAGUGCAAAAAUCAUGGUGUUAAGAUGCCAGUAAAGCUCAGUAUUUCAGAAUGCAUUGUGUUGUACACAAGAGGGGGCGAUUCGGCUCUUUUUUUAGGGGGAUUCUCCCUGUACAGUCUGAAAGUUCACUUGCAGAUGAAGUAGUUGUUCAGAAUCCUGGUAAAGGAACCCGUAAUGAAUUGAGAACGUGUCGUGAGUAUUACCUCUGAAAGUAGUCAUCACUGCCUGUAUGUCUGCAAAUGUGUUUUCACUGCCUCACAGCUUCAGAGGUCCCCAGUUCAGCCCCUGAGCUUGGGUUCCUUUCUGUGCUGAAUUUCAGUGCUCAUGUUCUCCCUCUGUUCACAUGGGUUCCUCUGUGUUCCUUCCACCUCCCAAAAAUAUGCAAGUAGGUGGAUUGGCUGAAAUAAAUUGUCCCAAAUUUUAUUAUAUAUAUAUAUAUAUAUAUAUAUAUAUAUAUAUAUAUAUAUAUAUAUAUAUAUAUAAACCAUGAUAUAUUUUCUAAUAUAGUCAGUCAUAUAAGCUUCAAAUUCAUUAUACAGAUGUCUAUUUGUGGACAGAACAGAUAAUCUAGAAAAAAAAAUGCUUCGACAAAUGGCAAAUUUUUAGGCCAAUCUCUGUCCCACAUCAACUACAAACAGGAAUGUUGAAGCGCCUGUGUGUGUGUGUGUGUGUGUGUGUGUGUGUGUGUGUGUGUGGGAGAGAGAGAGAGAAAUAGGGUGGUAGGAGAAGCCGGCCAUUUCACUCUACCCUAUAAAUCAGAAAGCUGCCCAAUCGCAGGUAUUCGAGGUUUAUGUAUAUUUUAGAGAAAAGGUUUUGCUCGUUCAUGCUUUCAGAUGCCAUGUGCUGCUGCAUUACGUUUGCAAGAAAUGCAUGUGAUGCAAAUGCAAAUGAAUGCUAUACAUGCACCCUCCACUUUAAUGGGUACACCUGCUCUCAGCCAAUCACGUCGCAGCAGUCUAAUAAAACAUGGUUGAGGUAUUGGGUAUUGGGCAGACAUCAGAAUUAGGAACACGUGUGAUCUUGGUGACUGCAGCUUGGUUGUUGGUUGUUGGUGUCGGGGGGGGUUGAGGGUUUCUGAAGUUCUUGAGCUGGGAUUUUCACUCAACAGUCUCUCCCACAAAACGCUUUAUUGACAAGAAGAAAAUGGCCAGAUUGGUUUGAGCCCCCAAGAAACUGGUAUCAUCUCUUUACGACAGAAAAGCAUCCGUGGCAGCAACAUGCACAAAACAGCACCACAUGGGCACAAGACCAGUCUGGUCAUUCUCCUGUGGUCUUGUUAAUCUACAAGAGGUUUCAGUCUGCAGACCCCCCAGCCACAUGAUGGGUUUCUUUGGUUUUUGCAUCAGUUCUAGAGAUUGUUGUGUGUAAAAUGAGAGCAAAUCCUCAAACCAUCUGGUACCAGUAACUACGCCACUGUAUAGAUCACAGAAAUCACACGUUUUCUACAUUCUGAUUCAGUUCUGCAUGAUUCUGGUGCAUUGUGCUGCUGCUCCAUGAUCAACUAAAUAGAUAACUGCAUGAAUGAGCAGGUGCACUAUUAAAUGGAUGGUGUGUGUAUAUUUAUAACGAGUGGCCACCGUCCUAAUCCCGUGCUACCGAUACAGUACAUUAGUGCAGUAUAAUGUCCGUUUUUCAUUUUCUUAAACGAAGGCGAGUCAAACGGAACCCGUAUUUAUUUUCAUGUUGCAUUGUUUACUGCACCAUGGUGUCGUCACGUGUAUAAUUUUUCUGUUUCUGCGCUGCUGCCUUGAACGAUUGUCCCUGAUUCUCUUCAAUCACAGCUGUGUACAGUCUCUGGUUCUCGAAUUCAUGUUGCACUUUUAAGGAUUUCAUUUGACUCAUAAGUGUUUUGAAAUUUUAUGUAUGAAACCUUUUUACCACAAAGUGUUUUGACCUGAUUAGCGAAUUAAAUUUAACAAAAUCAUUUAGUAUAAAAAUUCUUUUUUGAGAUUUGUAAUUUUUUUUGCCAAAACUUUCAUGUGAUUGUCAUUUUGUUGAUCGAAAUACCUUUAUCUGUAAAAAAAAAAAAAAAAUUACCUUUUUUUGGUAGCUUUUCUUAGCAGUUAAAUUGUAAAAGCAGUUUUUACAGUGUCCUCUGAUCGUUAUUAACACUGCGGAAAAAUAAAUACAAUUAUUUCCAUA